AUGAAGUUCCUCCCCCUCGCCACCGCGGUCCUCUCCGCAACGCACGCCGCCGCCCUCUCCUCCAAGGACAUCACCCACGGCAUCGACGACAUCACCGCCCUCUCCUCCCAGGCAGAGAAGCUUCUCAAAGAGCUCUCUCCCGUCAACCUCUCCGCCAACCUCCCAGCCAUCUACGGCAACCUCACCGACCUGGUCAACGUGGUCGUCAAAGACAUCAGAAACGUCGGCGCUUCCGCCAGCGUCGUCCCCAACAAGGACCAGCAGGACAUUUGCCAUGCCCUCGCAAAACUUCUCCAAGCGCAGAAGAGCCUUGCCACUACCGUCAGCGGCAAGGAAAGCGUCCUCCCGGCUAGUCCCUUGAGCGGCGCCCUCGUCUCAAUCAUCAAGAUUCUGCAGGGGGUAGUGGACAAUCUCGCUGCCAGCGUCGUGGGCACCGCGCCCACGUGCAAGGAAGCGGUCGCGAAGGCUCUGCAGGAUCUCGGCAGCGCCUUUGACCAAACCAUCGUCAAGCUGAGUGACGUGCUGUCGCUGAGUGCCUCGCUGGGGUUAGGUGGGCUUGCCAACGUUAAGCUUGACCUGGGGGUGAAGCGUCGCCGGAUCUAG